CUGGGGCGCGCUCGCACGCUCGCAGCUCGCUCGCCGGGGCCGCGAGUCACCUGCGGAGGCCGACAAGUGCGGACACAUUGGCCGCCGCAGCCCUCGGCGAGGCGCGCACGGCCCCAGGCGCCUGCGCCCAGUGGAGGCAGCGCCCGCCCGCCGCGCUCGGGCCUCGGCCCCGCCGGCCCUCGUGGGGCCCCGCGGUCACACAGUCCGGCUCCGAAGUUGCGGCCCCCGGCCCAGGUCACUCCCCCAGGCGCACGCGGCGGCGGCGGCCCGGGCUCACCAUGGUGGCAGCGCGCUCCGAGUGCCCGCGCGUCGCCGGCCGCCGGAGCCGCAGCGCCGGCUGAGAGCUGUCCACCGAAGCCCCCAACUCCUGCCCGUUCCUCGCCCGGCCCGCGCGUCCCCUCCGCCCGCCGCUGUCUAUGGCGCAGCCCCCCUCCCUGGAUCAUGCACAGAAACUUUCGCAAGUGGAUUUUCUACGUGUUUCUCUGCUUUGGCGUUCUCUACGUGAAGCUCGGAGCGCUGUCAUCCGUCGUGGCCCUGGGAGCCAACAUCAUCUGCAACAAGAUUCCUGGCUUGGCCCCGCGGCAGCGUGCCAUCUGCCAGAGCCGGCCCGAUGCCAUCAUCGUGAUUGGGGAGGGGGCGCAGAUGGGCAUCAACGAGUGCCAGUACCAGUUCCGCUUCGGACGCUGGAACUGCUCCGCCCUCGGCGAGAAGACUGUCUUCGGGCAAGAGCUCCGAGUAGGGAGCCGGGAGGCCGCCUUCACGUACGCCAUCACCGCCGCCGGCGUGGCUCACGCCGUCACCGCCGCCUGCAGCCAGGGCAACCUGAGCAACUGCGGCUGCGACCGCGAGAAGCAGGGCUACUACAACCAGGCCGAGGGCUGGAAGUGGGGCGGCUGCUCCGCCGACGUGCGCUACGGCAUCGACUUCUCCCGGCGCUUCGUGGACGCCCGCGAGAUCAAGAAAAACGCCAGGCGCCUCAUGAACCUGCACAACAAUGAGGCGGGCAGGAAGGUCCUGGAGGAGCGCAUGAAGCUGGAGUGCAAGUGCCACGGCGUGUCGGGCUCGUGCACCACCAAGACGUGCUGGACCACGCUGCCCAAGUUCCGCGAGGUGGGCCACCUGCUCAAGGAGAAGUACAACGUGGCGGUGCAGGUGGAGGUGGUGCGGGCCAGCCGCCUGCGGCAGCCCACCUUCCUGCGCAUCAAACAGCUGCGCAGCUACCAGAAGCCCAUGGAGACGGACCUGGUGUACAUCGAGAAGUCGCCCAACUACUGCGAGGAGGACGCGGCCACGGGCAGCGUGGGCACCCAGGGCCGUCUGUGCAACCGCACGUCGCCCGGCGCCGACGGCUGCGACACCAUGUGCUGCGGCCGAGGCUACAACACCCACCAGUACACCAAGGUCUGGCAGUGCAACUGCAAGUUCCACUGGUGCUGCUUCGUCAAGUGCAACACGUGCAGCGAGCGCACCGAGGUCUUCACCUGCAACUUUCUCCCAGGCCGGGCCGUCGACCUGGUGAACGGCUGGCGUUGAGCAGAUUGAAACAUCCGGAAAGCCUGGUGCUUUGUGAAAGAAAUAAGACUGGAGAAGGAGGAAGGGGUGCCUCCUGACACCCCUGGAACUCGAGGCCUGGGAGUUGAGACUCUGUUCUUUGGUCAGUGGGGAGCCAUGGAAGGUUCCUGGGCUUGGAGGGAAUAGCGGUUGGAGGGAGAUCAUCCUGGUGGGCCCUUCUUGAUCUCUGUAAUGUACAAGCCCCUCUCAGGACAUCUGUUCCCUUGACUAAGAGACAACCCGUCCGAGGCUGGAGCGAGGCUUCACCAAGCCAGGGACACGAGCCCUGGUGGGUGCCGGCUACGCGGUAGGCCGCUGCUCUCCAGCACUAGCUGUGCUCCUGGGUGGGGGCCACCGGGCUCCCUGUGACUGUGGACAGCUCCUCAUCUUACAGACCUGGAGACGAGCCCAGGCCAGCCCAGGGCAGAGCCCCUCCCCACUCGGCGGGACAGCGCGCAGCAGGCCUGGCAGAAUCAUUUGUUACGUCCAGUGAGUCCACCCAGGCUCCCCAGGAGGACAUUAGACACUGCCUGAGCCAGUCACAGGCGUGGGCUUACCGGCCAGCAGCUGUUCCUUCAUUUUCUACCAGAAGCUGCACCUGCCGCGCCUCUGAAGCCAGGCGGCCAGACACAGCCCCUUGGUGGUCUGCUCAGACAUGGGCCUCCCUCUGCCAGAGACCCGGCCUCACUUCCUGCCUUUCCUCCAGUCUCCCACCCCCACUUUCUAGCAGCCCUCUCUGACCUCAGACUCCACCUGGGUCCUCGGCUCCCUUCUCUGCCAGGCUGACUCCCGCUCACCUUCUAAGACAAAGUGCCUGCUUCUCUCCUCCUCCAGGAAGCCCUCCCUGCUUCCUCUCUGGCAGGGCCCUGAUGAGGGACACCCAGGGGCCCAGGGAGCCCUUCCUGAAGGUCAGGAGGACUUCCUGGAGGAGGUGAUAAUGGAGCAGAGGUUUAAGUCAAGAGGAGACAAAAGGGAGUUACUGACGAAGGACUGUCAGGUGGGCCUAACACUGGCCACUCACAUCUCUAUGGAAACGGGCAGGGUAGCGUAGUGGUCAAGAAAGUGAGUUCUGGAGCCCCUGCUGUGACCGUGACCCCUCUGUGCUUUGCAAGAGGAGAGUAAGCCAUGGCCGCACUGGGCUGUGGGACUGAACAGUCCAUACAUGGAAAGCGUGGGAUCGGGGCCGGUAGCUGGGAACACGGUGCCCAGUGGUCAUCGAGUCACAGAAGCCCCCAACGGGAGGUUACUGGGCUGCAUGACCAGGGGCUGAGAGAUGCCAGGUGCCUGUUCUGGGGAGACGCCAGGAGCAGACCCAGACAGUCCAGCCCUAGAUGAAGCCUUCAAGCCCCUCCGACCCGGGCACUGCCCCAGGGGGUUGGACAGAGACCCCGGGGGAGGGACAGAGGUCACCAGCAUCCCAUGGAGCAAGCAGGACGAGGGACUGUCCAGGCCCAGGGAGGGGCAGAGGGGCCAACUAAUGGCAGAGUGGGAAGUGGGGCUGGGCCCCUGGGCAGGCCAAAGUUGGGGAACAUAUAAUUUUAUCGUCCAAACAAGGACACAUUUUGAAAGGAUGGGGGACACUAAAAAUCAUUUCAAUUAUCAGUUGUUUGAACAAACAAAAUCGUUUUAUGGUAAUGAUGGUUCUAUAAAACAGUUAUAUUCAAAAAAAAAUUUGUUUUAACAAUUACUUCUGAAAUAAUUUAAAUAAAUUGUAUCAGUGUACAUUAAGGCCCCUUAAAAAAAUGAGCCUGUCCCAAAUAUUAUGAACAUUAAAAAAAUAACACAUGUAGAAUGUCGAUUCUUGGUCACACUCACAUCUUUGAGCCCCAUCUAUUUGUUCCUGGAAUUCCUCUCCACAGUGCAUUUUAAAAAAUAUGGUCUUAUUAUUUUUAAGGUUUAUUUCCAUCAGUUCCAAUCAUCUUCAAAGCUGCUUAUGAUGUGAAUGUAUUGGUACCUUUGCUCAAUGCUUCUCUGCAGGUCACAAUGUUUUAGUUGAGAAGAUUCUCUGUCUACGGGGCUGGGGGACCUGGUAAGCUCAGAAGAAAUUCUAUAAACAAAGGAAGUUCUGAAUUCUAAUAUUUUGUGUAAACAUUUCGACCCAAACAUUCCCACAGACACUGCCUUUUGGCCUCCAUUCAGGGUGCAAAUAUCCAAGAGCUAAAGACAAACCGUAAGAGACACAUCUUGUCAAAUAAGUUGUCUACCACUUAUGAUUCUUUUUAAUGAUUCUUCAAAUUUAGAUGCUGCAAAACUGUGGGCCAUUUCAAUCCAGACUAUAAAUGUACCCAAUUAGGGAGAUCGGGAUUGACACGUAUACACUAAAAUGUAUAAAGUAGAUAACCAAUAAGAACCUGCCGUAUAAAAAAUAAAUAAAUAAAAUUGAAUUUUAAAAAAAUGUACCCAAUUAACAAUAGGAACCCCAUCCCCAGAUGCUUCUCACACGUCAGGCUGUGCCAACGGGCAACUGUACAAUUACAGAAUGAAGCCUCGUCACCUUUUGUUUCCCACCGGCGAAUGGGAUCGACUCCUCCCUUGGGGAUGAAUUUUAAUGUCUUCUGGUUUGCAGGCUGCAUUUUGAAUCUUUGCAAUUCUGUAAAGGCUUUGAACGCUGAA